AGUUUGAAUUUUGAAAGAAGAAGAAUUUAAAUAACCAUUGUUUGGAAUACUGAUAAUAUACUACACAUGAAGUUUGCAUACUGGUGAAUCAAUAUUUUUGGAUAUAUAUUUUGCAAUGAUGUAUAUUCUGUGUUUGCUUUAGCAUAAGGACGAUGAAAUUCGACGCAGAAAAGGAAAACAAAAAGCGUAACAGUCGCCCUCUGAAGGAACGCAAGCGGAGAGCCCGGAUCAACAAGGCGUUACUUCAACUUAAAGCCAUCCUGCUGCAGGCUGUGAAUCCUGAGUCUCUGUACAUGUCCAAGCUGGAGAAGGCCGACCUACUGGAGCUUGCUCAGGACUACAUCCGGCACCUCAAUUCGGGUACGAACGAUUCAGUAGCACACGCCAUACCAGACAUAUAUACAAUCCGAGAAGUACUGACGUCAAGCGGUGCGCUUGCAAGGGGUAAAAAUGGCGUCAACGGUGCUGAAGAUCGUGGACUCGACGGGAAUGCAAUUUCCGUGGUGCCAUUGGUUGAUGAUGCAAGCACGUGCACUCCAAGUUCGCCAGGGCAUACUUUGCUUAAAAGGUCAGCAUUUGACGCAUCGGCGAAGCAUUUGGUGCCUCUAAGGAACGUUAUUAACCUUACUGGACACACAAGCAACGUGUUAAAGAGAUCGACGGACAUUCAAACAAGCCAUGAAGUGGCGCGCAUUCAUUGCUCGUCGAAAGAACUUGCAAGAAGCGAGGAAACGCGGUCAAAUAUUGGUGUCAAAUGGAAAGUGUUCGACAGUAGCAACGCUGAGGUGUCAACAUACAGUCUGGGAUUCAACGAUUGUGUCGCCGAGAUCGCUUGUUAUCUGGACAGUCUAGAAGAUGACAAAACAAGGAACGCUUUAAACGUUAGAGUCAUGGAGCAUCUGGCAAGUUUCGCAGCUUCCAAAGCCUGCGGCAAGAGGUCCGGCGAAACGGCUGAAAACAGAACAGAUGCAACAGUUGCUACGAGUUUUCAUGUACCGAGACAAACUUUUGAUAACGAAAGUCGAUGGUGUAUUUCUGCUACAGACUCGUCAUUUGGCUGUUCGGUAGCUGACGAUAACGCAUCAGUUGACAAACAUGAGUUUGAAGCAACUGUGUCAAAUGCAGAUCAGGAAAGCAAUAAACUCGAGGCUAAUGCAUCUAAAAACCUUGAAGAUUUGACGAUAAACGAGAACGCUGCUGAUCAAAUAAAACUGCCGUCAUUUGAAACACUUGCGUGUAGAAUAACAGACAAACGAAGAUCAAAGUCCGUUGGUGAGCAUUUUGAGUCACAUUCAACCAAUGAACUCCACUAUUUGCAUUCGCUAGUAGCACAGUCAAAGCCGUGGCUAGAAAAUGAAAGGAGCGAGACCGUAGCUUGGAAGCUGGAAAUGGCAACUAAUUGCGAAUUAGCAUGUUGUGACAAAGGGAUUGGUGCCUCUAAUAGAUUUUUGCGGACCACGGACGAAUUAAAAGAAAGGGAUUGUACGUUACCCGAGUCGAUAGCGCUGUUACACGAUGCACCUAAAGCAUGCAUGGGACAAACUAAAAAACACGACCGCAACACUGGACAUAUUUUGGCUUACUCUACAUUCUCGACGUCUAAUGAACAACUCGAAAUGACGCGGACCGACACACAACCUAGGGCAUCACCCAAAAGAAUGACAAAUAAGAUCAAGCAAAGUGCUUGUAGCAAACUCAACUUGCCCGAUUCGUCAAAAGUAAGGUCGUCACUUGGGUACAGAGAUAAAUUGGCAUUUGACACACCUACAGAUUACACGUCGAAAAGGACUCCUGAUGAGGAUAAACGGCAACCGGACUGCACAAAGAAUAGAAAACAAGAAACAUAUGAGGUAUUACAAUCUAAUUUCGGAAACGCACCAAAAGACAAAGCAAAUAUAACGACGGAUGCAUUCGAUAUGAACACCUUCGUAGGAGCAACUCCUACAACGUCUAAAAUGGUUCCACUCGAGAGACAACCAAUCAGAAAGCGUCUUGCAGCUCGAUUCGGAUCAUCUUGUGACCAAUCAAAUAUCUCGACUGGGCACCGACAGAAUGAAUCCGAACAAAAUGGCGACCGAAAGACUUCGAAUGCCGAAUCAGGGAAGAUGAACGGGAAACGCCGCGACAUACACCAGAAGGCGAUUGAAACAGGAACCACCAACAAAGCGCCAUUGAUUAAUCAACGAGACGAUGUAGCUGAAAACUCGAUGAAUUUAGACAAAUGGUACAUGGACUUCACUGCAAAGAAUUCGGCUAUGGAAAGAAUGGUUCUGCAAACAACCAGCGCUCUCUCAAACAGACCGAUAUACGGUAGAACGAAUGACUACGGACCGCAAAAUAAACGUAACGGUAGCAAAACUAGUUGCGGCGAAACCAAACGUUCUGAACCAAGGUCAAACGUUUCGAACAAUACUGUGAACACAAUUGGUUAUGACAACGACAAUUUGUAUGAUUUGUUUAAUACUAAUGACAAAAUGUGGCGUCCGUGGUAAAAACUGUUGUUCUAAUUGUGGUAAUAAAGCAUACACAAAACACA